AUGGGUCAUUUAUUCGCUAGGAUGGCAACACGAUGGUUAGAACAACAAACGGCAUCGAUUAUGACACAAAAUGGAUUAAAACCAAUUUAUACUAAACGAAAGCGUAUUGAUAAUGAUAAUAUAUCGAAUAAAAGAAAAAUUGUUAUUAAUUCAACAACAAUGAAUGAUAGUGAUAAUGAUGAUGAUAAUGAACGUGUAUCUCUUUCACCAAGAGUUUCUCCGAUAAUACUAAAAGUUACAAAAUCUUCUAAUUUGAUCAAUCAUUCUUCAUCAUCUAUGACACUAUUUAAAUGUCAACUAUGUCGUCGAUGUCUCAGAAAUAAAGAUAUCUAUAUGGAUCAUAUGACCAUGUGUGCUGUUCAACGUCAAGCAUCGAUUAAAAUUAUACGUGCAGAGAAAAAUAAAGAUGAAAUUUCUAUUCUAUGA